AUGUUUCUAAAAGUUCCAUUCUUCAUCCUGCUCCUCGGGAGCCUGCCUUUUGCAGCACUUGCUCAAGAAGCAAGCUCAGUUCUAGAAGGAGAAGAAAGUGCAACAAGUGAUUUCAGAGACAGAAAUGACACAGAAUUUGAAGAAGUACCAACAAUUUUUGGAGACCUGAAGACCACAGAAAGCAGCUUCAUCCAGGAGAGAGAAAUUGAAAAUGCUACUGCUUAUGAAGUUAACACAGAAAGUGUUGAUGGUGAACGGAGUGGGGAAACAGAGAAAACUGAUGAAGGUGGUCUAGGGACAAUUGCACUGCUUGGAAUAAUUAUUGGAAUCAUUGUUGGUGUUGGAAUCCUUGCAGGAAUAAUAAUUGCUGUUGUGAGGAAGAUGUCAGGCAGGUACUCGUAA